GUAAAGGUAAAGGGACCCCUGACCAUUAGGUCUAGUCGUGACCGACUCUGGGGUUGCGCGCUCAUCUCGCAUUAUUGGCCGAGGGAGCCGGCGUAUAGCUUCCAGGUCAUGUGGCCAGCAUGACAAAGCCGCUUCUGGCAAACCAGAGCAGCACAUGGAAACGCCGUUUGCCUUCCCGCUGUAGCGGUUCCUAUUUAUCUACUUGCAUUUUGACGUGCUUUCGAACUGCUAGGUUGGCAGGAGCUGGGACCAAGACAAAUGCCGGCUCCCUCGGCCACUAAAGCAAGAUGAGCGCCGCAACCCCAGAGUCGUCUGCGACUGGACUUAAUGGUCAGGGGUCCCUUUACCUUUACCUUUACUUAAUUGGAUGGAUCAUACCCAUGUUAUCUGAGAACAAAAAUUAUUCAUCACAUAUAUAACCGGUCAUUUUUCAUACACAUAAAACUGAACAUUACACUCAGGGCCGGAUUUAGGUUUGAUGAGGCCCUAAGCUACUGAAGGUAAUGGGGCCCUUUAUAUGUCCAGCUGUCCUUUGUCAACAACAAAUUGUCGCUGUUUUUUGUGCUGAAUAUAUGCUAUACGGUAAUUUAUGGACCUAAUAGGUAUCUAAAGCCAUUUGCACAUGUUGCCAUGCAACCAGUCCAUGCAGAAUGUAGGCACCCUAUAUAUAGAAAGGAGCAAACCAGUGUUAUUUUAGGGAGCAGGUGGGGCCCAUUACUUACAUCACAGGAGCCUAAACAACAACAAAACACUGUUGCUGUAUGUAGGUUUAAGCCGGCACAGACUACACUGCUUGGAUAAAUUGCUUUCGUGAGCGCUUUGUACAUUUUCUAAAAUAAAAUAAAAGGAGGCUAGUGGAUGAUUAUGUGCAAGUCAUGAUUAUUUCCACCUGCACCUCACCGUCCUAGCCUCACAUGAGGUUAACUGCAUGCUUCAUUUCUUUGUAUAUCUCUGUCUGCACUUAAAUUGAUUUUUCUGCCUUGUGUCAUAAUUCAUUGCACAUCUAUAUCUAACUUUCACCGACUCAUCUUGCCUUCAUAUUCUGCUCCCUUAUUGAAGGCUUGUCGCUGUUUAUUCCCUUUAUUUAUUGCCUUUCAUUUAACAAAGUUCAGUUACUUUUAUCUGCUGUCUCUGGUUCAACAAUUGCCAAAACUUGUUAUAUCAAAUCUUGUUCUCCAGGGUAUUUAUAACAUUAUCCAAUCGAGCAUUCCUGAGCAUCCUAUAUCCCUUCUUCUAAAUAAUGAAUGAGGAUAUUAAAAGAGCUAAUUUAGCCCUUGUCCAUCAACUGAACUGCCAUUUAUCAAUUACUCGCCCCGUUUGAAGGAAUCUUUGCAAUUUUUAGCACACAUGAUGGUUCUGUGUGAAUCAGACUGCAGUAGCCAAACAGGAAGAUGUUCUUAGGAGGAAUCUUAGGUUUUUGCUUUAGGUUCUUUUCUUUCCUUUUAAUAAAAGGAAGGAAGUACCAGGCAAUAAGGGUGGUUGGAAGAAGUAAAAAUGUUUGAGCCAUGAAAACAAUGCGACUCAGUAUCCCUGCUGGGUCCUGAGGGGCCUUUGCAAAAACAGAAUAAUUCCCAAAGGGUGAAAGGUCCUGAAAGGUCCUGACAUAUUUUCAAAUUAGAAAUUUAAAGACAAAUGGGAUGCCAUUCUUCCAAUAGUUUGGCCUCACCCCUGAAGGUGCACUGAGCCAUUGUUACCUCAGACAGACAGAUGCCAACCUAUUGGUAUGCCAUUCAAAAAAAAAAAGUUAUGAUUUCAUUGGUUGCAACGUCUAAGGAGUAGGUGGCAUGGAAGUUUAAUGUGAUAGUCAAGCAUUUAAUGAAGAGUAUUACACUUAUUCUUAUUCUUAUUUUCAUUUCUAUACUGCUUUAUAUUUUUAGGGGAGGAUUCAAAGUGGUUUACAACCUACAUUAAAACAUCAAAUAGAACAGAAGAAAACCAAAUAUAAAGUAUACAUUAAAAGCAACAUUAUUAACAGGAAGCUAAAAUAUCAUCUUACAAAUUUCAAAAUAAGACAUUACAAAGGGAGAUCAUGUAUAGAAUGCUAGUUAUAAAUGCAAUUUGGUUACGUCUGCUUUUAAAGGUGUUGUGUUGUGUUUAUUCAGGGGGCCAUGAAGCUGGAAAGUCAUUCUCUGCCCAUUUAAUGUUUAUUGUAUACUGGCCAUCUGAUUUCAAGUGAAUGGUGAUGUAAAAACAUUGUUUGUUUAAAUAAACAAAAAGGAAAUGAAAGAAAGAAAGAACACACAUACGCCAUGAAAAUUCAGCAUUCUUUACGUGCAAAUUUCUCCUCCUCAUCACAUUCCUGUAUGCCAAUCUGACAAAUGUACACAUUUUUCCAGGUGUUUUCCCCCAACAAAAUACAUUUAUGCAUGUGGUUUUCACUAAUAUAUUCAUUUCAAUGCACAUUCUUCCCCAAUAUAUGCAGUUUUGUAAAUCAUGUUUGGUUGGAGAACUUCACCACAAUAUUCAGAUUACUGCGAAUUCUGAAGGAUACCAGAGUUUCAGUUCAUCUCUUCCCUCACAAAGUGAGAAGGUUCACCUUUAAAUGUUACCUGAACUUUCUGAAGUUCUCCUUCUUCCAUAGAUGACUCUACUACUAUCUGUUCCCUGAAAUCCCUCCUAGGACGUACAUGUGAUGCAUGUAUUUGUUUUCUAGGCUAGACUCAACUGAAUGUCACUCUUCUGGGACAGCCUUUGACAAGCCUUUAGUCCUUAUUCCUGACUGAAGUGAAGUCUAAGUAGUUCUGAUUGCAAUUGCACAUAUUUAUCCCCUGUCAAGGGACCCAGGUGGCGCUGUGGUUAAACCACUGAGCCUAGGGCUUGCUGAUCAGAAGGUUGGUGGUUCGAAUCCCUGUGACGGGGUGAGCUCCCAUUGCUUGGUCCCAGCUCCUGCCAACCUAGCAGUUCGAAAGCACGUCAAAAUGCAAGUAGAUAAAUAGGAACCGCUACAGCGGGAAGGUAAAUGGCAUUUCCAUGUGCUGCUCUGGUUUGCCAGAAGCAGCUUUGUCAUGCUGGCCACAUGACCUUGAAGCUAUACGCCGGCUCCCUCGGCCAAUAAUGCGAGAUGAGCGCGCAACCCCAGAGUUGGUCACGACUGGACCUAAUGGUCAGGGGUCCCUUUUAUCCCCUGUCAAAACUUGCCUGCUUGUCUCCUCCCUUCCCUCUAUUUCCUCUUCUCCACCCUCAAAUUUAGAUAAUUAGGCAUGUAAAUGCUUAAUAGGGUAUUUGGGGAGGGUUUAUUUUUCUCUAAAGCACAAUGCUUUGAAAUGACGUCGUUAAGUCUUACCAUCCUCUUUUCAACGAAAGUUUUAAGUACUUUCCUGGAAUGUGUGCAUUUAAUUAUUUGAUGACCCAGGUUGCUGUGGCCCGGCAUGCUAAAGGAAAUUUGCUAAAACUUUAGAUUCCUUUGGGGCAGGCUGUGGAGUUUGAAAUUUUCACAGUAUUUGCAAUAAGCCGCAGAGUUAAGCCUGGCUUUUUAUAUCUGCCCCGCUGCUGUCACAACAGAACGAUUGCCUUCACCUUGAUUGUUUUUUUUUAUAUUUCCGACAGGUGAGCUUUUGGUGUGGAAGGUUGUCUUACUGUGGCUGGGUGGAUAACCCAACCUUGAACUGCGCACUUUAAUAUAUUUUUCUUGUGCAUAGCAAUCAUUGCAAAGCUACACACACACACACACACACACACCCAUCCAACCGGCAAGAUUGCUUCUUGCCACUCUUUGCAAAACCACAAUUCAAACUGGGUGCCCUGCUAUCUCUUUCCUACCUGCUUACAUGCUGAUUCAUUGAUGAGGACAAAUUUCUAUGUGUAGAGUUGAGGCUGCAGGCCCCGCCUCUGACUGACUGAAUGGUCGGUGAGGUUGCAGCAGUAUCUGCUAAGGAGAGAGCGGAGGAAAGUGUACCUUUGCUCUCCUAUAUCUUGUUGGACUACAAGUGCUCAUCACACCAGACAGCUUGCACACGGGGUUACAGGAGGACCUGAGUGUGACCUCCCUAUUCAGCAUCCCCCUGUCAGUUCAGUGUUUUCCUUGCGUGCUUUUUCUCCCCCCCCCUCUCCUAGUCCUUUGAAGGAUUCUCCCUUUUCAAACAAAUCCAAAGGAGUUUGUCUGGCUUUAGCGAGGCAGCUUGUGAGCAGGCGAGCUGGGACAGAAGUUCUCAGUCAAAAACUAUUCACUUUCAUUAGCAAAAGUGUUCGGGCUCUCCUCAGAGGAAUACCUCACUGCAUAAAAUGAGUGGAUGUCGAAAACGGUGUAAACGUGAAAUACUGAAAUUCGCCCAGUAUCUUCUCAGGCUAAUUACAGGUUCUCUCCAUACAGACAGCGUAGAAGAUGAAAUGGAAAUGGCCACUGUGCGGCAUCGACCCGAAGCCCUCGAACUGCUGGAAGCACAGAGCAGAUUCACAAAGAAAGAGCUUCAGAUUCUGUACAGAGGGUUCAAAAACGAAUGUCCCAGUGGGAUUGUUAAUGAAGAGACCUUCAAAGAGAUUUACUCUCAGUUCUUCCCACAGGGAGAUUCCACAACAUACGCACAUUUUCUGUUCAAUGCAUUUGACACAGAUCACAACGGAAGUGUGAGUUUCGAGGAUUUUGUUAUGGGCCUUUCAAUUUUACUCCGGGGGACGGUGCAAGAAAAACUCAACUGGGCUUUUAAUCUGUAUGAUAUAAAUAAGGACGGCUGUAUAACUAAAGAGGAAAUGCUGGAUAUUAUGAAAGCUAUAUAUGAUAUGAUGGGGAAAUGCACUUAUCCUGUUGUCAAAGAAGAUGCCCCGAGACAACACGUUGAAACAUUUUUCCAGAAAAUGGACAAGAACAAAGAUGGCGUAGUCACCAUAGAUGAAUUCAUUGAAAGCUGCCAAAAAGAUGAAAAUAUAAUGCGUUCCAUGCAGCUCUUUGAAAAUGUGAUCUAACUCCACACAGUUCUUUCUUCAAUAAAUGGACGGUAUGAACAAUCCUGCAACAACAAAUCCAUAAUGCUGUUGCCACUUUUACCAUAAAACAGGAUUGCUCGGCUUUACACGGAUGUGUAUAACGCAAACAAGUUUUGUUUAAUCAAAGCCUACCUACGGAGACCGUAUUUUUCCAGUAGUUGAGGUAAAAUAGUUCUCUUAAACAAUGCUCACGUAGUUGUCCUUAAAAAAAAAAACUUCAUUUGAUUCAGAGAACAAUCCAAAGAAACCAAAAUGAAAACGGAAUUAUUGCAUCCAAAACUUCAUAGAAGAGAUCCAGGAGAGAACAAGAGGGCAGGAUCUGUUACUCGUUUCUAUUAAAUGAGUUUAUUAGCUAUACAACUCUUUCAUUUUAUACUCCCUUGUGUAUUAACACAAUCUUACACAAUUCUCAGUUAAAGGUUAUUACAGCUAAUUACAGUUUGGGCACAAUCCUCCUUGUGUGCAGUAGAGUCCUGUUUCUUCUGCCUUCCCUUAUGCUGACAUCACACCAGAUCAUUACUGGAAGGGGGAAGCCUGCAUGCAUUGAGCCCGCCCAUGUCCCCUAUUCCCCAUAAUGAUGCAACACAUAGCAUACUUGUCAAAUGUAUGUUUGUGCCCAGGCACACACAGAAUCCUAGAAUUGUAGAGCUGGAAGGGACCCUGAGGGUCAUCUAAUCCACACACACACACCCCAGAAGACACACAGACUCCAUUAUGCUCAUUGGAGUAUCUGUCCACAUAAGGAAGGGUUGGGCAUCUUUGCAUAGUAACCUGCAAUUAUUUUUUUUAAUUCACAAGCAACUCAUUUUUAUAAAAGAAUGUUCUUUUUAUAGUAAAUGGUUACUGGAUUAAUUUAUUUAACAGCUGCUUAUGGCAAACAUCUUCCAUCCUUAAGAUCAUCAGUUUAUGAGUGUUAUGCUCCCACAUAGUGCUGCUUUGUUUAACUAAAGCAACUAUCUGAGUGAACUGAACUACUUACUUUCUAACUGUGGGAUUGCCCAAAAAUUAGUAGUAAAAAAGGAACGAAUGUAUUUGUAAGUUUCUAACCACUCACUGCUCAGGAUACAUAGCGGUAUAUAGAGUCAUGCCAGACACUAGACUGCCAGUUAUGAAGUUAUUUUGCUCUUGUUGCCUCCUCCGACUAUGGUGGAAGAUGCUUAAGUUCAUUAGAACAGUUAUGUAAAAGCAGUGGUGGUAAUGGAUUUUUUUGAAAAGGAGGGGCAACUUUUUUUUUCUUUAAAGGCUACUACAGGGAACAGGGAAGAAGCAUGUGUCAGGAUGGAGCCGCAAUGGGUACAAGCAGGCUCCCUUCUACUUUCCUCCCUGCCUUUUACACAGACAUCAUUGCUGAACUGUAGCCAGCAAAGAAG